CAUGGCGCUGCGCGUCGCUGCGGUGGUGUGGUUGGCGACACUGGCGGGCGCCGGGCUGCCGGAAGGUGAGCCCGCGGUGGAGGUCUCCAGGGUGACGCGCGGGUCGUUGUACGCGGACGGCGGGGCGGUGGCGUCCUACCACCUGGGCGGCGGCGGCGGCGGCGGCGGCGGCGAGCUGGUGGUACCUUACAACCUGGGCGGCGGCGGCGGAGAGCUGGUGGUGCCAUAUAACCUGGGUGGCGGCGGGCCGGUGGCGCCCUACAACUUGGGCGGCGGUGAGCUGGUGGUGCCCUACAACCUGGGUAGCGGCGGCGGCGGCGGCGGCUGCGGCGGCGGCGGCUGCCGCGGCGGCGGCCACGCGGCCCAGAAGCUGAUCGAGGUGUUCAGCUGGAAGCACCUGGACUACGAAUACCCCAGCAAAGAGGCGCGGCAGCGGGCGUUAGCCAACGGUGACUUCAAGCCCCCGAACUGCCUGCCCGUCGGCAUCGAGGUGUGGUGCGACAAGAUGUUCGUGACGGUGCCGCGCUGGGAAUCAGGCGUGCCGUCGACGCUGAACUACGUGUCGCUGAGCUCCAGCCCCUCCGACGGGCCCUUGCUGGUGCCCUACCCCAGCUGGGAGUUCAACCGCGAGGGCAACUGCGCCGGCGUCACCACCACGUACCGCAUCAAGGUGGACAAGUGCGACCGGCUGUGGGUGCUGGACACGGGCACCGUCGGCAUCGAGAACACCACGCGCCAGCUGUGCCCCUACUCGCUGAUGGCCUUCGACCUGCACUCGGACCGCCUGCUGCGGCGCUACACCUUCAAGGACAGCGACACCAACGCCAACACCUUCAUCGCCAACAUCGCCGUCGACGUGGGCUGCAGCUGCGACGACACCUUCGUGUACGCCUCCGACGAGCUGGGGUACGGCCUGAUCGUGUACAGCUUCCAGCAGGACGACUCGUGGCGCGUGACGCACGGCUACUUCCACCCGGACCCGCUGUGCGGCGACUUCGACAUCGGCGGCCUGAACUUCCAGUGGGAGGCGGAGGGCGUGUUCGGCAUGGCGCUGUCGCCGCCGGCCAAGGACUGCCACCGCACGCUGUUCUUCCACCCGCUGGCCAGCCACCGCGAGUUCGCCGUGUCCACGGCGGUGCUGCGGGACCGCGAGCGGGCCAUGAACAGCUACCACGAGUUCGUGGCGCUGGACGAGCGCGGGCCCCGCUCGCACGUCACGGCCUCCGUCAUGGACGACCAGGGCAUCAUGUUCUACAACCUCAUCGACCGCAACGCCGUCGGCUGCUGGAACUCGCGGCUGCCCUACUGCCCCAACAGCCAGGGGCUGGUCGACAAGGACGACGAGCGCCUCAUCUUCCCGAGCGACGUGAAGGUGGACGCGGACCGCAACCUGUGGGUCAUGUCUGACCGCAUGCCCAACUUCCUGCUGUCCGAGCUGGACUACGGCGACGUCAACUUCCGCGUGUUCUACCUGCCCGUGUCCGAGGCCGUCAAGGGCACCGUCUGCGACCCUCGCGUCGCAAUCGCCCUGCAGCAGCCGCGACAGGCCUUCGUCGGCGACUGCGGCCGCCCCCAGCUGUGGUACUGAGCCCCCGGGCGACGUCUCCCGUCACGUCUCCCGUCACGUCUCCCGUCACGUUGCCCGUCACGUCUCCCGUCACGUCUCCCGUCACGUCUUCCAUCACGUCUCCCGUCACGUCUCCCGUCACGCCUCCCGUCACGUUGCCCGUCACGCCUCCCGUCACGCCUCCCGUCACGCCUCCCGUCACGUCUCCCGUCACGUCUCCCGUCACGUCUCCCGUCACGUCUCCCGUCACGUCUCCCGUCACGUCUCCCGUCACGUCUCCCGUCACGCCUCCCGUCACGUCUCCCGUCACGUCUCACGUCACGUCUCCCGUCACGCCUCCCGUCACGUCUCCUGUCACGUGAUUUAUAAAAUUCACGUAAACGUACUCAUGCAGGGUAGAUCGUUAAAUACCCGGUGCGUUGGAGGAACCUGUCACUCUUCGCGUGAUAUCAGACUGUUGAUGUUUGUAUAAUGUCAAACAUUCUGUAAGUGAAGAAUUUCCAUGCAGGGUAAAAUGAAUUCUUAACUAUAAACAGGGUAAAGUUCUUACUUCUUCAAUCAGUGAAAUCUUACCAGCAUUUUUAUUGUUUAUUAAAAUGCAACAAAAAUGAGUGGGUGAUGUUUAAAUAGGUAUAUGUUGCUGGAACGUUAAGUUAAAUAUUGUUUCUAAACAUAAUGUAGUCGUAAUUAGUAUUUAUUACAGUGGUACCGUGGAUUCUGUUUCUGAAUCUAGUUUGAACGUCAAACUAUAAAGGAAAAAAAAUUCGAUGAAGUGUUAAUAUUUAAUUGAAUUUAAGGGGAUGUAUAUUUAACCUCACUUUAAAAUACGUUUUGAAAAUUAAAACGCAUAUAUACGUUUUUACAAUAUUAACCCACAGCACUAUAAUGAAAGCUAAAAAUACCCUAAAGUAUUAAAUUGAUUGACUAUUUUGUAAUUGAGCCGAAUUAAAAUAAUGUUCCUCUUUAUAUAUGAGUUUUGCAAUGAUGUUACCAGUAUUUUAACUGCUUAUAGUUCUUAAAUAGUAUUUGUUUUUUUAUUUUAUACUGUGUUUUUUUAUUUUAUAAUUAUAUAAUAUUCCAUUAUUUAUUGCCGCCUAAUUAUAAAUUUACUUUAAGUUUUACAAAUGUAUAUUUUUUUACCUUGUAAGUAAAACAUGUAUGUAAAUAUAAUACAUAUGUAAAUAGCCAAUGAAAUAAAAUAAAGUUUUAUUUUGGACUA